CUUUUGACAGUUUCAUGUCGCUUUGGAUCACUUUUGGGUUGCCUUUUUGAAUUGUCAUUUUCGGAAUCAUCCUUUGGAGUUACUAGGCUAAGAGUCGUUGCUUUUGGUGUUGCUCUUUUGGAGUCUCAUCGUGGAUUUUGGUGUUCUGUCGUUUUUGCCUUUGUCCAUUUUGCCGUUGCUUUAGAGUCGUUAAUUCUGGUGCAUUGUCAUUUUGCUCUUAUUCAUUUUGUCGUCACUUGGAGUCACUCUUUUGAAGUUGUCACUAGAGUCGUCGUUCUUGGUGCUUUGUUUUAG